CAAAAUGACUUCUCACGCCACCAGACUCAUCAACACCUUUCCUUUUCUUCUCCCUCCCUCCUCUCCUCCUCCUUCUAACAUUCUCUCAUCAACCCAAUAUGGGUUACCUCUCGUGCAGAGCCGGAUCCGCCGUCGCAGUCGCCGUCUCAUCCUCCUCCUCCUCCUCCAAAUCCCUCUCCACCAAACCCCCUCCCGAAUCUCCCCCAGAAGACCGUCCCAAACUCCGCCGUUUCCUCCACCGCGACCUCGAAGCCGCCACAGGCGGCUUCUCCGCCGACAACCUCCUCGGACGCGGCAGCCACGGCCGCGUCUACAAAGCCGCCAUCGGCUCCUCCGCCUCCUCCCGCCUCGUCGCCGUCAAGAGACCUUCGAAAUCCCGAGAGAUCAGCCGCGAGUUCCACAACGAGUUCGAGAUCCUCUCCAGGAUCCGAAGCCCCAGGUUCGUCAACCUCCUCGGCUACAGCGCCGACGACCCCAAGGACCCUCUCCUCGUCGUCGAGUUCAUGCUCAACGGAAGCCUCUACGACGUGAUCCACUCCGAUUCACCUUCCGCCCCCGCGAUAUCCAGCUGGAGCAAGAGGAUCAAGAUCGCUCUCCAGAUAGCCAAAGCCGUGCACCUCCUCCACUCGCAGGACCCGCCGAUCGUGCACAGAGACAUCAAAUCCGCCAACGUUCUCAUGGACAAGAGCCUGAACGCGAAGCUGGGAGACUUCGGGUUGGCGAUCAGAUGCAAUGCGGAGGACCAGAGAGUGAAAUCCACCCCUCCAGCUGGCACCAUGGGGUACCUCGACCCGGACUACGUCACGGCGGAUAGGCUGAGCACCAAGACUGACGUGUUCAGCUUCGGGAUCUUGCUGCUGGAGAUAAUCAGCGGGAGGAAAGCGAUAGACGUGAGGUACUCGCCGUCCUUCAUAGUGGACUGGGCGAUUCCGAUGAUUAAGAGAGGGAAGAUCGGGGGGAUUUAUGAUCCGGUGAUCGGGCCUCCCGUGGAUGUGAGCGUGAGGAAUCAUUUGGGGUUGGUGGCGGCCAAGUGUGUGAGGACGUGUAGGGAGAAGAGGCCCGGGAUGGAGGAAGUGGUUGGGUGGCUCACGGGGUUGACGCAGUCCGUUAGGUCGCGGCGGUGGGAUGAGUUGGGCAUUGGGAACCCGUGUAUGAUGGUUGAGACCGUGGGCAGGCCCGUGGAAUGAUCCCUUUUUGGAGUUUUAUUAACGUUUUUAAUCAAGUGCUUCGCUUUCAAGCCAUUUGUUUCUUUUUUUGGGUUGGUCAAAUUAUUUCAUUCAGCAAAAGUAUUAUUGUAUAUAAUAAAGAUUUUAAUCACGUAACAUCGUGUUUGUGUCA